AAAAUUCUAGAAGCCUCUCAGCAUUUGAUAAAAACCUGCCCCUUAGGGUUUUAUUAUUAACACUUGCUCCUGCUGUAACCUUAUCAGUCUUUUCAGCUCUCGAGUUCACCCAUUUCUCAAUCUGGAAGAAAUGGCGGCCGCCCAGUUAACUGCAUCUACAAUGACAGUACCGGCGAGGAACUUCGCGUUGUUUGAUGGGCUAAGACCAUCGACUGUCAAGUUUGCUUCUUUUGGAACGCUUAGACCUGGGACUCUGACCCACAAGUCGUUUAAAGGUUUGGUCGUAAAAGCUGCCACUGUGGUUGCCCCUAAGUAUACCUCCAUUAAGCCCUUGGGUGAUAGAGUGUUGGUGAAGAUCAAAACUAUAGAGGAGAAGACAGAGAGUGGAAUUUUGCUUCCCUCAACAGCUCAAACGAAGCCUCAAGGAGGUGAGGUGGUUGCUGUUGGCGAGGGGAAAACAAUUGGCAAGGCCAAAUUGGAACCUUUGGUGAAGCCUGGCACCCAGGUCAUUUAUUCAAAAUAUGCUGGGACUGAGCUGGAUUUCAAUGGUGAAAAUCAUCUUAUCCUCAAAGAGGAUGACAUAGUUGGCAUCCUUGAGACAGAUGACAUCAAAGACCUCAAGCCUCUGAAUGACAGAGUUUUCAUUAAGGUUGCUGAAGCUGAGGAGAAAACUGCUGGAGGUUUGCUAUUGACGGAGGCAGCCAAGGAGAAACCUUCCGUUGGAACGGUGAUAGCAGUUGGACCUGGUCCCUUGGAUGAGGAGGGUAACAAGAAACCCCUAACUGUUUCUCCAGGAAACACAGUGCUGUACUCCAAGUAUGCUGGAAAUGAGUUCAAAGGCAAAGAUGGUACUAACUACAUUGCCCUAAGAGCUUCAGAUGUAAUGGCUGUGCUCUCUUAGUCUUCCAUCUAGAUUGGAAUGUAUGACUGAACCUCAUGGCUGAGUUGCCCGAAGGCAUAAGGAUUUUGGUUGUAAUUUCACUUCAGAUAUAAUUAACUGCGGCUUUCUUGUUGCCCUAAUUGCUGCACAGGUUUGUGGGAUGUUUGUUUCGAAAAUUAUGUGGCUGUUAGAAAAAAUAAUUGUAUCAAAGUAGUCUCUCUCCCCAGUAAAAACCAAACUAUUCUAUUUACGAGUUCAUUAUUAUUUUU